AUGGACUGCAGGUCCGGUUAUUCGGUUAAAAUUCUAAUCAAUCUCUUACUGUUGCCUAGCUUGUCUAUUGACCUACUGUCCUCCUCUGUCGGUUACAGGUCACCAAGGUGGCAAAAUUUCCGUGCAAAAGUGUGGUCGGCGCUCGCAGUAACACCAAAGUUCAAUACCGAACCCAAACCAAGGCGCUCGGUCAGCGUCACCGACUCCUAUACAUUUUUCAAAGAACGCGAACGUGGUAGCAAUGUGGAUGAGGUUGAUAUAGAGCAGUUUACAGACUUAGGAAACAAUGACAACGUACGCCAAUCCGGAUCAUCAAACAAGACGUACACAGUUUCCUUUGCUUGCCCGCCGCAUCCGAUUGUACAUUCCGUCUCAGACCUGUCUCAAGAAGAGGAAAGCUGGGUACGGUGGUUUCGGCGAACAUACACUAUCUGCGAGACACUGACAGUUAUUGCGGCGGUGAUUGUGUUUAUGAUUUCAACCUGCAAAGAGUUUCGUGAACCAAUCAUCCAGACAAUGCCAUCGACAGACUUCAACGCAACAACAAAGGAACCAAACCAAAAAGACUUUGCUCUACCUAUCCUUCCACUCAUCUCCAUGGAUAUUGGUUUUACCGUUCUCAUAACCAUCGACAUCUUGACGCGCAUGAUAUUUUGUCCAGCUAUUCGACCUUGGCUUUUCUCGCUACAAACAAUGAUAGACGUACUGUCAGUCAUUCCAUUCUACUGUGAAUUUAUCCUUCGUGAAUUAAUACGGAAAAAGGCAACAAUGGAAACGAACGGAAUACUUGGUACGCUGAUAAAAAUCGAAGAAUAUAUAGUGGUAUUGAAAGUGUUUGUGGUGCUUCGACUAUUCCGUAUCGUCCGGCGCCAUCGAAGUAGUAUUGUCCUAUUGUAUACAAUUAGAACAACUUUGGUCGAUUUGACUAUUAUCGUGGGUUUGAUUAUUGGAUUUGCUUUGUUUUUUGGUGCUCUUAUCUAUUUCAUCGAUGAGAGUUUUCACGAUAUUCCACGCGGCUUUUGGUGGGCCUUGAUCACGAUGUCCACUGUGGGAUACGGAGAUUUGGUGCCUUCUAAGGCAUUCGGAUAUGGCAUAGCAACCGUCUGUGUACUCACAGGCACGCUUCUCAUGUCCUACACGAUUCCUAUUUUGGUCAACAAUUUUCUUUUAUACUACGAACAUGCAGAGCAGUUAUACAUGAUUCGUCGGGUGCAUUGCACGGCCAAACACAAGGCCGGACGGCGAACUUUGUCCAAAUACGCACAAAAAGCGUUGGCCAGUGCCAAAGGUUUGGUAAAUGCGACUCUGACAAAAUCGUCAGCCAAAGGAAGUGCAAAUCAAAUGCAGGUUUUUCAGCCCAAGGUCAGUGAAGUAAAAGAACUUGACGACAAUCGUACAACGCAACAAACGGACCGAAGUGCCCACCUACAACAAAAUCACCAGUUACAAAUCACCGCACCAAGUUGA